GUUGUUGGACCCCAAAUGGCAGAACGCUAUGAUUGUCACUACUGUAAGGAGUCCCUGUUUGGGAACAAGUAUGUGCUGCGAGAAGAGAACCCCUAUUGUGUGAAGUGCUACAACAGCCUUUACUCCAACACCUGUGAGGAGUGCAAGAAACCCAUUGGCUGCGACAGCAGGGAUCUUUCCUACAAGGACCGCCACUGGCACAGUGACUGUUUCCAGUGCUUCAAGUGUAGAUGCUCCAUAGCAGACAAACCGUUUUCAACCAAGGACGAGCAGCUGCUCUGCACAGAGUGCUAUGCCAACGAGUAUUCGUCAAAGUGUUAUGAGUGCAAGAAGACUAUCAUGCCUGGUUCGAGGAAAAUGGAGCACAAGGGUAACAGCUGGCAUGAGACAUGCUUCACCUGCCAACGUUGCCAGCAGCCUAUCGGCACCAAGAGCUUCAUCCCAAAAGACGACAGCAACUACUGUGUGCCCUGCUAUGAGAAGCAGUUUGCCUUACAGUGUGUGCAGUGCAAGAAGCCAAUCACUACUGGAGGUGUGACCUACCAUGAGCAGCCGUGGCAUAAAGCCUGCUUCCGGUGCACAGGCUGCAAGGAGCAGUUGACUGGCCAGCGCUUUACUUCUUGUGAUGGCUUCCCUUACUGCCUCACCUGUUUCUGUAACCUUUAUGCCAAGAAGUGUACCUCCUGUACCAACCCUAUCAGUGGUCUGGGAGGCAGCAAGUAUAUCUCCUUCGAGGAGCGCCAGUGGCACCAUGACUGCUUCAACUGUACAAAUUGUGCUGUGUCCUUGGUGGGUCGUGGCUUCCUGACUGAGAGGGACAAAAUCCUCUGUCCUGACUGUGGCAAAGACAUCUGAGCACAGACCAUCUAAGUGGAAAAGCAGCAGAUGGCAUGAAAUAAUAGGUAGCUGAACUCCUAUGACUAUU